AUGGGCAUAUUCAGCAAGAAAGACAAGGAGGACGAUGCCUCGUUCCACAGCGGUACAACGACACCGCCGACGACAGCUCAGCGAACCAUGGAUACUACAGAAAAAGGAAUGGAAGAUGACGGACCUACACACAUCUACAACUUCAGAGUCAUUGCCAUGGUUAUGAUCGUCUCUCUCGGCGGUCUCAUCUUCGGUUUUGAUACUGGUCAGGUAAUGAUACAAUGUCCACAUGCAUGUAGAGCCUUGCUGAUGCCAACGAAUUUUAGANUUUCUGGCUUCUUGGCCAUGGACGACUUCUUGAACCGCUUCGGUGAGAACGGAGCAUUUACUGCUGUAAGAGAAGGUACAAUUGUUGGUCUGCUCUCUAUCGGUACUCUUCUCGGAGCUGUCAUCGCUGCACCAAUUGCCGACAAGUUUGGACGUCGCAUGUGUAUCCUCAUUGGAAACAUUAUGUUCUGGAUCGGUAUGAUCGUACAGAUGUCAGCAACACAUCACUGGUAUCAGGUCGCAAUUGGCAGAUGGGUCGCUGGACUCGGUGUCGGUGCACUUUCGGUUUUGACUCCUAUGUACAUGAGUGUAAGUGGAUUUGAGGAUAACAAUUGUUGUCCUAGCGACAUACUAAUUUUUCUGGUCAGGNAAACCGCUCCUAAGAACAUCAGAGGAUCUAUGGUGUCGUGUUAUCAACUUUUCAUCACUCUCGGUAUCUUGCUCGCAGAUGUCAUCAAUUUGGGCACUAAGAACAUCAACGGACCUGCUUCAUGGCGUAUCACUAUGGGCAUUGGCUUUGUCUGGUCUGGCAUCAUGGCCGGAGGUAUCUGGCUUCUCCCCGAAAGUCCUCGCUGGGAUUACCGCAAAGGAAAAGUUGAGAAGGCCAGACACACCAUCGCCAACGUCUACGGAACCUCGCAGAACCACUCUGCCGUCAACCGUGAGAUCCGCGAGAUCAAGGCCAAAUUCGAUGUCGAGCAACAGGGCGGAAAUCACCCCUGGUAUGAGGUCUUCACUGGUCCCCGCAUGGCCUACCGUGUACUCCUGGGUGCCGGCCUUCAAAUGCUGCAGCAGUUGACAGGUGCCAACUUCUUCUUUUACUAUGGAACAACUAUCUUCGACUCGGUUGGCAUCAGCGACAGUUUCGUUACAGCCACUAUCCUUGGUGCUGUCAACUUUGUCUGCACUUUCGGUGGUCUCUGGGUUGUUGAAAACGUUGGACGUCGCAAGGCUCUCAUUUUCGGUGGUUUCUGGAUGUUCGCCAUGUUUAUGGUCUUCGCCAGUGUCGGGCAUUUCCAACUCAACGAGAACAAAAACACAGGAACUGCCGGUACAGUCAUGAUCGUCUUUGCUUGUCUGUUCAUCGCUGGAUACGCCAGUACUUGGGCACCUAUCGUAUGGUGUAUCGUGGGUGAACUGUAUCCCACUCGCUACCGCGCAAAGGCCAUGGGCAUUGCUACAGCUUCCAACUGGAUUUGGAACUUCCUCAUCGCAUUCUUCACGCGCUUCAUCACAAACGAUAUCGACUACCGCUACGGCUAUAUCUUCGCCGCCUGUAACUUUGCAGGCGCUUUUGUGGCCUAUUUCUUCUUAUGCGAGCAUCAAGGACGUACUCUGGAAGAGAUUGACACAAUGUACAUCUUGCACGUCAAGCCCUGGAAGAGUUCCAGCUGGACACCACCAGAGAACGAGGAGCUAGUCACCGCCGACGCUCUCGCUCUCACAGGCGGUGCUCGCGGCAUCAAGAAGGCCGAUGCUGCUGGUAUGGAGAGUGAACGCCGCGUAGAGAACAUGCAGGUACCUCCUGCCACCGCUACCCACGGCAUCCACGAUGUCUCAGGCACCGACUUUGUGCCUGAGAGCACAAGAGCUGCCGAUGGUCGUCCACCCAAUAUUGGACAGUAG